AUGCCAAGAACAGUCGGCGCAAAGGACAUCACGCCGGGAGUACGCGUUGCGGUGGUGGUCUUCAUUGACACGUUAAGUAAGGAAGGCCGCCUCCCCUACGGGACAAUCGUGCGGGCCAAGAAGCUAUUCAAGCUCAGCCGCGCUGCCGUCGAGACCAUCUGGGGUCUUCGGGGCGAUCCGGUCGUGCUGCGGGAGGCUCUGCGCGCUCUCGAGGCGGCAUCCGCCAUCUCAAGAUCCACGCUGCAUAGGCACCUCAAGUCCAAGGUCCUGCGGCACUUCAUCUGGAGGGUCAAGCCGGCGCUUACGGGCUCACACAAGCUUCAGCGGCUGACGUGGGCUCUUGCCCAAGUGCAGCGCCCAAUUGACGGCGCCUUCACGUUCAGAACGGCGAAGCCACGUCUGCCGACCACGAAGCAGUUCGGAUCGGACGGCAGCAGAUUCAACAGGUAA